CAAUACAAGCCUGGAAGCCUGGAACCCGGCGUCUCCGAGAUGUCCCUGGGGGACUCCAGCCGCCGCAGAGAGGGAACUUCCCGGGGGCCCCACGGCAUCCUAGUUGGCGCCGGGCUCAGGCCCUCAACCCUGCCUCCCUCACGAGGCUUUCCCGGAGGCGGCGAGAGCGUGGCCGGCCCGGAGGAGGCCCCAGCCGCCAGCCCGCUGCUAGAAGACCUCAGGCGGCGGCUGGCGAGCGCCUUCCAGCGGGCGACGCCGCGCGGCGUCUCGAGGCGCUCGCGGGAGGAGGCGGCGGCGGAGGCGGCGCGGGAGGAGCGGAGCCGGGCGCGCGUCGAGAGCGCCCUGGCCGGGCUGCGCGCCGAGCUGGUGAGCCCGCUGGCGGCCGGCUCUCGGGGCCGCCUCUCCUUCGUCCUCUCCCGGGGCCCCCGGCCGCGGGCCGCGCACGCGCCCCACCGAGGGCUUGGGAGGCCGAGCGCCGCUUUUCCCAGGGAGAGGGUGAGGCCGUGCCGCGUGGGCGAGCUGGGCACCGGCCGUCGAUCUUCCCCGACCGUGCCGAUGCUCCUGCCUCCCAGGCAGCAUCCAGGAGGGAAGCGGGGGAGGGGAGGGGUCCGGCAGGGCCCGAGGUGCUGGCUGGCUGUCGAGGGCUGAGUCUACUAGUGACACACCCGAGACCUCCGUCACCACCCCUCCCCAACUUGUUCUAUAUUUUUCUACCGCAUAGAAAGUUCCCUCUAGGGAACUCAUAGUACGUGCAUGUUAUGGGGCUCGGAGGCGGAAGUUUCAAUGAAAUGAAAUCACAGGAUGGAUGGAGCGAGUCCAUCAGCAACUGUUUCUUUUAUUCUGCAAGUUUUAUC